AUGGCCCGAGGACCCAAAAAGCAUUUGAAGCGGUUGGCUGCCCCCUCCUCAUGGAUGCUCGAUAAGUUGAGCGGGACUUACGCUCCUCGUCCAUCGCCUGGUCCCCACAAACUUCGCGAAUCCCUUCCUCUCACUAUCUUCCUCCGUAACAGGCUCAAGUAUGCGCUGACCGGCCGGGAAGUCACUUCGAUUGUUAUGCAGCGCUUGAUUAAGGUCGAUGGCAAGGUUAGAACCGACCCCACCUACCCCGCUGGCUUCCAGGAUGUCAUCUCCAUCGAGAAGUCUGGCGAGCAUUUCCGCCUCCUUUAUGACGUCAAGGGUCGUUUCACAAUCCACCGCAUCACCCCCGAGGAGGCGUCCUACAAGCUCCUGAAAGUCCGCAAGAUGGCCAUCGGUGCUAGGGGCGUCCCUUACAUCGUCACCCACGACGGUCGCACCAUCCGUUAUCCCGACCCCCUCAUCAAGGUCAACGACACUGUUAAAUUCGACCUUGAGCAGGGCAAGAUCACCGACUACGUCAAGUUUGAUACGGGAAACAUUGUCAUGAUCACUGGUGGUCGUAACAUGGGUCGCGCGGGUGUCAUCGUACAUCGUGAGAAACACAUCGGUGGAUUCGACAUCGUGCAUGUGAGGGAUGUGUUGGAUCGGACGUUCGCUACGCGGGUAACGAACAUUUUCGUUAUCGGCGAGGGCACGAAGCCUUGGAUAUCGCUACCAAAGGGCAAAGGUACCAAGCUCACCAUCUCUGAGGAGAGAGAUGCCAGGAGGAGACAGCGUGCCGCCGAGCAAUAA